AUGUCGGCAGCUGUGGUUACACCUUGGACUGUUGAGGGAGACGUGGACUAUGAUAAACUCAUUAAGGAAUUCGGGAGUCAUCCGAUUGACGAGGCACUGCUUGAACGUUUAGAACGCGUCAUUGGGAAGAAACCACAUCAUUUUCUUCGUCGCGGUAUCUUCUUUUCUCACCGUGAUUUAAAUCUUCUCUUGGAUGUCUAUGAGUCUGGACAAUCAUUCUAUUUGUACACUGGACGAGGCCCAAGUAGUGAGUCUAUGCAUAUGGGUCAUCUUAUACCUUUUAUGUUUACAAAAUGGUUACAAGAUGCAUUUAAGGUGCCACUCGUUAUUCAAAUGACGGAUGAUGAAAAAUUCUACUUUCGUAAUAUCUCCAUUGAACAGAUAGAAGCCAUGACAACAGAAAACAUUAAAGAUAUCAUUGCCAUGGGAUUUGAUCCAGAGUUGACAUUUAUAUUUCGUAACUUUGAUUAUAUGGGUCAUAUGUACCGCACAGUGGCGAGAAUUGAGCGAACCUUCACGGCAAGUCAAGUCCGUGGAUGUUUUGGAUUCAAGAUGGAAGACAAUUGCGGUCGUUGGAUGUUCCCAGCAGUUCAGGCAGCACCGUCAUUCUCAACAUCUUUUCCACAUAUUUUUCCACCAUCAAAGGGAAAUGUGUUUUGUUUAAUUCCACAAGCUAUUGAUCAAGAUCCCUACUUUCGUCUUACACGUGAUAUUGCCCCACGUCUUGGUUUAUUAAAACCUGCUGUGAUUCACUCAAAAUUCUUUCCUGGACUAAGUGGUUCCAAGGGGAAGAUGAGUUCUUCCACCGGGGCAGCUGUGCUUCUCACAGAUACAGAAAAGAUGAUAAAGGAGAAAAUUAAUAAACAUGCCUUUAGUGGGGGCGGUGCAACAAAGGAGGAACACUUAAUUCUUGGCGCUAAUACCGAUGUGGAUGUCCCCAUCCAGUGGUUAAGUUUCUUCCUGGAAGAUGAUGAGAAGCUUGCGCAGAUUAAGAAGGAUUACAUGCUUGGACGUGCCAUGACAGGGGAAGUUAAAAAGAUGCUGAUAGGCAUUCUAACAGAUAUUGUUAAACGUCAUCAGGACGCACGUAAAAAUAUUACAGAGGAUGAUGUGAAAUUGUUUACAAGUAUUCGUCUUAUGGGACCUGCAGCUCUCGAGGCGCGUAAGGAAGAUUAA